AUGCUCUCCCCUAUGGACCUCCCAUUCCUGCUACCAGCGUGCCUCCUUCCCUUUAAUAUAGUCUCACACGUGCUUCCUCCCCUCCUCUCAUCCCCUCUCCUUCCCCCUUCCCAACAGCAACCCAUCACGGAUUCCAUCUUAUUCCGCAUGCUCUCCCCUAUGGAUCUCCCGUUUCUACUGCCCCCACCACCGGGCAAGCAGAGGGGGAAGCCUAAGCCUGCCAAGGUGGUGCCGCGAGAAAUAUGCCUCGCGUCUCCCGCCAUCCGGCACGCAUCGGCGGACGGCUGUUACCUCCCAGUGGACCAGGCAACACAGUACAUGCGUGCUACAGCCAUCGCAGCACGGGUCCCCCUCGUCUUCCUCGCCACCAACGCCCGGCCGAAUGAAAUAGCAGCCAUUGCAGCAACGCUGCUUGGGGCGCCUCAACAACAGCCACAGGCGGUGGGAGCUACAGCUGCUCUUGCAGUGGAGCAGGGACAGGCAGCGCCUGAGUCACGGCAUCAACCUAAAGAGCACCUCACAAGACGUGGCCACAUUGGGGAGCUGCUAUGCACAAUAGGGCAUCAAUCUCAAGUCCACCCCACAAGCCGCAGCCACACUAGAGAAGCUGUGUGA